AUGUGUAAGAUGGUCAAUUUCUUAGUUAUACUUCUGUUCGUAUAUGUAAUUCAUCACGGAGAUGCAACUACAUAUAAAUGUGAUCAAACAUCGCCGUGUGGAUGUUCACCAGUUUCUCCCAUAGUACCUAAAAUCCAUGGUGGCGAAUCUUCUAUACCACAAAGUUGGCCAUGGAUUGUUUCACUGCGUCAUGCAGGGUUCGACAAGGAGGAGCAUUUCUGUGCAGGAGUUAUUCUGGAGGCAAGCUACAUCAUUACGGCUGCUCAUUGUGUACAACAAGAGUGGAUGAGCAUAUUGUCGGAUAUCACUGUCUGUGCUGGAUCUGUUCGUCUAUCGGAUGCUUGUCUACAAACUCGCUCAGUACGUCAAAUCAUUAUUCAUCAUGGACAUAACAACAGAACGCAUGAAAAUGAUAUUGCAAUUGUCGAACUCGAUGAGCCAUUGGACUUCACCGACCGAUGGGUUUCAAAAAUAUGCCUUCCUAGUGUCAAAACUGGAUCACGAUAUCCCUUAGCCGGCACAAGUGUUAUGACGAUUGGAUGGGGUCAAACUAGACAGAAUGAUACUGCUUCUGAUAAGCUCCAACAAGUUACUCUCAAAGUGAUGGACGACUCAACCAGCGCUUGCUCAAAUACACUCACUAAUAGAACAGUUCAAAUCUGUGCUUAUGGCUUGAAUAAAGAUUCAUGUCCAGGCGAUAGUGGUGGACCAUUGAUGCAAUUCACGACGGCAAAACGGUGGGUAUUAGUGGGCAUCACAAGUUAUAGCUCUUCAAACUGUACACUUCCAAUUAAACCUGGAGUAUAUACUCGUGUAAGUGCCUACCACAACUUCAUUAAGGCAGCCAUUCAAGGCAUGUACGAACCACCAGUCAACAGGCCAUACACUUGCGAAUGUCAAUGUCCAUAUGCAGCUCAAAGCGUCGAGAUCUUCCGAAAUGGCGAUAAAUACGUAGGACAGACCAAGAACGGCAAGCAACAUGGACAAGGCACCUAUUAUCAUGCUACCGGUGUCAAUUAUACUGGCGACUGGAUUGACGGGAGAAGAGCGGGUCAGGGUAACCAGACUUGGCCUAACGGUGAUAAAUACAUUGGUGCUUGGAUUGAGGAUUUGAGAACAGGCCAAGGUAUUUACACGUGGCCCAAUGGUGAUAAAUAUGAGGGGCAAUUUAAAAAUAACGUUAAACACGGAGUUGGCACCUAUUACUUUGUCGACGGCGACAACUACAAGGGUGAUUGGAUUGGGGAAAACAGAGCGGGUCAAGGCAUUAUGACUUCUUAUAACGGUGAUGAAUACAUUGGUGCUUGGCUUGAUAAUAAGAAAAAUGGCAAAGGUGUUUUCAUCUGGUCUAACGGCGAUAGUUACACGGGGGAUUGGAUUGACAAUAUGAGAACUGGCCAAGGUAUUUUCACAUGGUUCAAUGGUAGUAAGUAUGAGGGGGAGUUUAAAUAUAAUUGGAGACACGGAGUUGGUACCUAUUAUUUUGGUAACGGGCAGACUUAUACGGGUGAUUGGGUAAUCGACGAAAUGGAGGGUCAAGGUCGUAUGACUUAUCAUAACGGUGAUAAAUACAUUGGUGCUUGUCGCAACAAUCUGGCAAACGGUAAAGGUCUUUUCAUCUGGUCUACCGGCGACAGUUACACGGGGGAUUGGAUUGACGAUAUGAGAACAGGCCAAGGUAUCUACAUAUGGCCCGAUGGCAAUAGAUAUGAAGGACAAUUUAAAAACAACAUUAUGCACGGAUUCGGCACACUGUACUCUAACACCGGUAACAAUUAUACGGGUGAUUGGAUUGACGGAAACUUGACAGGCCAAGGCAUGGUAAGUUGGUAUAAUGGUGAUAAAUACAUCGGUGCUUGGCUCAACCAUGAGAAAAGCGGCAAAGGUGUUAUGAUCUGGUCUAACCGUAAUCACUAUAUGGGUGACUGGAAGGCGGAUAUGAGAACGGGUAAAGGAACUAUGACUUGGUCUAACGGUGAUACAUAUAUAGGUGAUUGGCUUGACGAUAUGAAAAUGGGUUACGGAAUGUAUACUUCGUCUGAUGGCAAUAAAUGCGAAGGACAAUUUACUGAAGGGAAGAUUUCAGAUGAUUCAAAAUGUAAUAUUAAGAUGAAGCCUUGA